UAGUAUUAAUUCCCCUCGAUAUGAUUCCCAUUAAUAUUAUAUAUUCUAUACAAAAAAUAUAUAUAAUUCCUUCAUUCAUCUCCGCCGCACACGACCACCACUCACAUUUUCACAUUCUCGGUAUAUAAACAAGCAAACAAAACUUAUUCAUUCUCACCACAUAUUUCUCAUCAAAAACCUUAUACACGUUUUUUCAUUGUUUCAGAAUACCUUAACCAUUCCAACCUCAUUUUUCCAACGGUUUUUCAAAACAUCUCACCAAUCAAUAUAUAAAUAUAAACAUACAAAACAAACAAAAUGGCUAUAGCAUAUAACCCACAUUCAACCACAAGGGUCAUAACAUCAUCAUUUUUACCACCACAACCACAUGUUACAAUGUCACAAGACGAGCUUAAAAAAAUAGCCGCUUAUAAAGCGGUUGAGCUUGUUAGAUCAGGUAUGGUUGUUGGACUAGGAACCGGGUCCACCGCAAAACAUGCGGUGGACCGCAUUGGUGACCUAUUAAACCAAGGGAUUUUAGAAAACAUUAUUGGAAUACCAACUUCAAAAAGAACACAUGAACAAGCUUUGUCAUUAAAUAUACCUUUGUCGGAUAUUGAGACACACCCGGUUCUUGAUUUAGCUAUUGAUGGAGCGGAUGAAGUUGACCCGGAUUUGAAUUUGGUUAAAGGACGUGGAGGGGCAUUGUUACGCGAAAAAAUGAUAGAAUGUGCUUCUAAACAACUUGUAAUUAUUGUUGAUGAAUCUAAAAUGGUUGAUUACAUUGGUGGAAGUGGUUUAGCUAUGCCGGUUGAGGUUGUCCCGUUUUGUUGGAAAUUUACUUGUAAAAAACUAGAAAUGUUGUUUCAAGAAGCCGAGUGUGUCGCAAAGAUUAGGACAUGUGAGAAAACAAGAGAUCUUUUUGUGACUGAUAAUAGUAAUUAUACAAUUGAUUUGUGUUUCAAAAAAAAUAUUGGGGAUUUGAAGGCGGCUAGUGAUGCUAUUUUGAGGAUUCCUGGUGUAGUUGAUCAUGGGAUGUUUCUUGAUAUGGCUACUACUGUGAUUGUUGCGGGUGAUAGCGGAGUUAUAGUGAAGAACAAGUCUUGAAGGUUGACUUGAGUUCGUUGGAUUAAAAAAAUGGAUUUUUUUUUUGUUUGUGUUUUUGAGUAGUUUUUAGGAGACGAUGUUAGGAAGAUAUGAUGAAAGUUUUUUCAGAUGUGUUGCUCUUGUUAAUUCAAGAUACUAACAAGGAUGAUUUGCCUUGAA